GCAGACACCACCCGCUCUCCUCUAUUGGCAGGUGGAUGUGAAUGGACUGCAUGUCCGUUAAUACCUGACUGCCUUUCGAUCUGCUAGAUGGAUGGGGAACCAAUAGGAUCGGAUGUCGAUGGGUGUAACCGGACACUGCUUCUUAGAGGAUACUGGAGGGUCUGAUCAGGUCCGCCUGAAAAACUGACAUGCGGACCCAAUCGGUUCGUUAGUGUGAAAGGGGCAUUAAAGGGUAUUUUCUUCAGCUCCCGGUGAUGAAUGGAGUGGCGGGGGAGCAAAGAAAAGAUACGUUUAUACUACUGGAAUAAGAGAGGAGGAUUAAAGCAAAUCUGUUGCUUAGUCCUGAAUGUUCAAAGCAUGGUGUGCUUUCAGGGAACAUGCCGAUUGGCAACAUUUGUGUGCUUACAAAUCCAGAAAGCUAUGGGCAGGACUGUGUGUUGCCAGGUGCCGAUUGACAAGCUACGAUCAAUACAAAUUCCCAUAGCCAUGUCUGCUUCAACAUUUCUUUCACCCCAAGUAGGUACCCGCAGACAUGGCAUACCUAAGGAUGGCAACUCUGCUUGAAAUUUAGGAUCGGUACAACAUCAUUGAGACACCAUCACAGGAAGCUGAAUUAGGUCGAUGUCACUGACAGCUUGAUCAGUAAUGGAUUACAUGGCAGCUGGCACAUCAAUCCCUGAUUCUGACAUGGAGUUUGACAAGAAUGUACCCCGAAUAUGUGGUGUCUGUGGAGACAAAGCAACUGGAUUUCACUUUAAUGCAAUGACAUGCGAAGGCUGCAAAGGCUUCUUCAGGAGAAGCAUGAAGAGGAAGGCAGUUUUUACAUGCCCCUUUAAUGGGGAUUGUCGCAUAACCAAAGACAAUAGACGACACUGUCAGUCCUGUCGGCUGAAGCGCUGUGUUGAUAUUGGCAUGAUGAAGGAGUUUAUCCUCACAGACGAAGAGGUCCAGAGAAAGAGGGAGAUGAUAACGAAACGUAAAGAAGAGGAAGCACAGCGAGAGUCUCAAAAACCCAAAAUGUCUGAAGAACAACAAAAAAUGAUUGACAUACUCUUGGAAGCUCAUAGGAAGACCUUUGACACAACAUACUCAGACUUCAACCAGUUCAGGCCUCCGGUCAGGGAAACACCAACAAGAAGAAUUACAAGAUCCUCAUCUGUUCAAACGCAGAGUUAUUCCUCAGACUCGGACCCCUUCAAUUCCUCUCCAGAACCAUCAGAGUAUUGCUUUUUUUCAAGCUCCUUAUUUGGCAACUACAACAGUAAUAGUUCCCCUGAGGGUCCCGGUGACCUGGCAAUGCUCCCACACCUUGCAGAUCUGGUCAGCUACAGCAUACAGAAAGUCAUUGGGUUUGCCAAGAUGAUACCUGGAUUCCGUGACCUCGCUGCAGAGGACCAGAUUGCCUUGUUAAAAUCCUCCGUUAUCGAAGUUAUAAUGCUGCGAUCCAACCAGUCAUUCUCCCUGGAUGACAUGUCCUGGUCAUGUGGCAGUGAAGACUUUAACUACAAAGUUAAUGAUGUGACACAAGCUGGUCAUAGCAUGGAGCUCUUGGAGCCUCUGGUAAAAUUCCAGGUGGGGCUGAAAAAAUUGGACCUGCAUGAAGAAGAACAUGUCCUCUUGAUGGCCAUUUGUAUUCUUUCACCAGACCGCCCAGGUGUGCAGGAUAAAGCACUGGUUGAAGCCAUUCAAGAUCGCCUCUCUUCUACCCUUCAAACAUACAUCCUCUGCAAGCAUCCUCCUCCGGGAAGUCGACUGCUGUACCCCAAGAUGAUCCAGAAACUGGCUGACCUUCGCAGCCUAAAUGAAGAGCAUUCCAAACAGUAUCGCUUCAUCUCUUUCAAGCCAGAGCAUAGCACCAUGCUCACUCCACUAGUGCUAGAGGUCUUUGGCAAUGAAAUCUCUUGAGUUUGAAUUAAGACUUUCAUUUUAAAAGUGUGAGUAAUUUGGUUUAUCCAAGUUAGGAUGGGUCUUAAUUCUGUUUUCUUCUAUGGGAAAUAACUGGGAGUUCCCUUUAAUCAGAUGAUUCGUUUACCGUUGUAUAUAGUACAUACUAUUUUAAAGACCUACAUGGAUAAGCUAAAGUGGAUGGUUAUAGUGCUUUCUUUAAUUAUGCUACAAAAAAGGGUUAACCUUCUUUGCCAUGCUGUUGAUGUAAUGUACCAAUCUUACAAUGCUGUGCCCUGUUGUGUGCCUUCUAGACAGUUAAUGUCAAAUCUUGUAAACCUGAUAUUUUCGCCCAUAUGGACUAUUUUUCUAUUUAUAAAAGCCAUUGUUGACUAAAUUUUAAACUUGUGAAUCUCA